AUGAUACGACAAAUCAGAUAUGCUUCAACGGUAGCAGCUACUGCAACAUCAAGCAGGCCCACAUUAUUGUCGGUGCUUCCAUCUAAAAGAACAAUAAACCGAAUAUUAUUUGAUAACAAUGCUAGAUUAACUUAUAAAAAAAUGAUACCUGUAUUAACCAAUAUUUAUGAAAAUUUAAAUACGCCAGAAAAGAUUUCCAUUCCACAGUUUGUUCAAGGAUCUGAUUUAAUGGAUUUUAAAAAAAUGUUAAGUACUAUUAGAAAAUUAACUAAUACAACCAAUAAGAAUUUAGUUAAUUUGGAAAAUGAAUUAAUUGAACAAUCUGCAGAAUUAGGUGAUUUAGAUGCAAUUACUUUAUUAUCAUUUGAAACACUAGCUAAAUCUGAUAAAACAAUGGAAGAUACAAAACAUGCAAAUAAAUUGAUUAAAGAAUUAGUUGAAUUGAAACAUCCAUUGGUUUUUAAAAUGGCUGGUGAUUUAGCAUGGUCUAAAAAUGCUCAUGUUCAAGCUAUUGAUUAUUGGAAACAAUUUAUUGAACUUGAACCAACUUCAGAGUUAUCAAGUCAAGUUUAUUUUAAUUUAGGUUAUUAUUAUUUUACAUUUUUAACUAAACCUGAUUUGGUGCUGAGUAAAUUAUAUUUUGAAAAAAGUAUAAAUGUGGGUGAUAUAAAUGAUGAUUAUACUAUUAAAAGUCAUUAUUAUCUCGGCCAAUUAUAUGUUGAUAAUAAUCCCAAAGUUUCAAAAUAUCAUUGGGAAAUAAGUUCUAGUAAAGGAUUAAAAGAAAGUUAUUCAAGUUUAGGAUUCUUGGAAAUGAACGUGUUUAAUAAUUAUAAUCAAGCAAUUGAAUGGUUUAAAUUAGGUACUGAGUUGAAUAAUGAUAUGACAUGUUAUAUUGGAAUGUUUGAUUGUAACAUAUUGUUAAAGAAUUGGAAAUCUGCAAAUAUUACAUUAGCUAAGAUUUAUGACAUCAAAGAUAAAAUAGAAAACCUGAAAAAUAGAAAAGACAUCCCGGAAAGCAUUCAAUCAAGUAUAAACUACAACAAAUCUGUUAUAUUAACAUUUCUUGAAACGAGGAAAAAUGAUAUCAAUUUAGUACAUAGUAAGUUUGUAUAA